AUGCGCGUGAUCUGGUUCCUCGCCUCUACCCUAUCGGUCCUGGUCGCAGCUGCCGAGCCCAGUACAAGGACCAUCAGCUAUUUCGCCUACCGUAAUCACACCGACGCUGAUAUCGGUGAUUUCACCAGUCUCGCAGGUCGAAUUAUUGCCAUCGACAAGUACGCUACCACGUACGAGGUCGCCUGUAUGAAAAGCGGAACUGGGUGCCCAUUACACACUCCCGCAACUAUAGUCCAGGGCGAUGCCACUUAUAGCGUCUCAUUCCAUGCUUCCACGGUCAACGGUAGUGCUACGAGCCACAUGACUGCAGUUCAGACAUGCAUAUUCACUCAUUCCUCUGAAUCUGCUGUCUGUUCGUCGAGUUAUCAAAUCGCCAGCGUUGGAGGUGGGUUCACUCGUGCCCAACUUUUCAGUAGCACAGCCUCCAUCGCACUUCAGUCUAUUGGCUAUAAAACUAUGCAAGUUACUGAUGGUAUUUACGCUUUCACAGCCGAUGCGACGGCUUCGGCUACGGCGGUGGGGGUUUUAUCUACUGGUGUUGCUGCAGCUGCUGUGAAGCCUUUGAUCACCACUGCGCCUUUAGCAGCUGCCGCUGCUGCUGCUUUGGCGGCUACAUUUUGA